UUUUACCGAAAUAACUUUCAAUGGCUCAGUCAGUUGAGCCAAAAUCCAGCCUACUGAAAAAUCUGCUGAUUGAACCAAAAACAACGAUCUCUAAAUCAAAACAAAAGCAAACUAUUCCAUCGAUAUUAUUCCAACCUCAGUAUCACUACACAUAUUAUCCACCAGCUCCAUGGCACAUACUAUUGCACUCAUCAUUGGGAAAGCGAUCUCAUUUUAAAAGUAAAGAAUAUAUCCCACAGUCGGAUAUUUUCUGGAUGCGACAUCAGACUGGAGAUCACAGUUUUUGAUUUUCCAAAGAACAUUUACAGUAGAACAUGUUUAUAUGCAUAUUAUAUUAUAGUAGUUCAUGUUUUGUGUACCAUUUUCUUUUUUUGCGCCAUAACAAACUGCUUUGAAACUGAACUUUUUGAGCUACGUUGACAUUUUCUUACCUGAUUCAUUUAAUUGGAACACUUUAUAGUUAAUUUCCAAGAAAAAUUUUAAAGUAUCAAAUUUCAAAAAAAAAACGCGGCUUCCCUAUUCCCUAAUUCUUGCAACGUGCCCUGCCAUCGACUCUUUCCCCUCUUGCACUUCCAAAUCAAUCAUUUUCCGCUGUUAAUCAGUACCAAUCAACCACCAUGGUAAGUUUCUUCCAAUCUCCAAAUGUUUAGGCUCUUUUUCAGAGUUUUGAUGAAAUUGACAAGACUUUCGGAACCAAGAACCGCGAUCAAGGAUAUGAUUUGCUCAAAACGCGACUCGACAAAGGUGAUCGUUUGGUGGAAAUCUUGUGAAGACCUACUCAAGUUUGCUGAAGAAGCUGUCCAGAAGAAUCCAAACCAUUUCAAGGCAUUGAAGUGGAAUGCUGUGUUGACUGGACAAGCGACCGAAUAUAUGGCAACGAAAGAAAAGUUGGAAUGUAGUAAGAAGUUCAAGGAAUUGCUCGACAAAGCUCUUGCUAAGGAGCCAAAGGAUACGGCUCUUCUCCAUUUGCGUGGCCGCUACAAGUACUCGGUGGCAUCUCUGACAUGGCUUGCGAAGAAGCUUGCUGUCACGUUCUAUCAGCAACCACCAUCACAUUCUUAUGAAGAGGACAACGAGGAUUUCCUGGCUGCUUUUAAGGUCAAUCCAAAAUGGAUGAGAACACCUUUUAUCUGUCCAAAUGCUACGUGGCAAUUAAAGACACGAACAAUGCCCACAAGUACCUCACUGAAGUGUGCGACAUCGAACCGUAUCCCGACGCUGAACAGGAGUUUGUCGAUGAUGCAAAGAAGAUGUUAUCUAAGCUUUAAGCUUAUUCAGUUUCCACAUGAAAAGUCGAGCCAGAACAUUUAAAUAGCAUCCACAAAUGCGUUCUUGUAUUGUAGAAAUGUAGAAAAUAAAACGUUUGAAAAUGUA